AUGGCUUCAAAAGAAAAUGAAAAUAUUCCCGUCACUAAUGACAGCUUGGGGCAGCCUCUUUCGGCGAAGAACCAGGUCCUUACUGCGGGUGCUGCUGUGACGCAGGAGUUUCGACCGGUGAAGCAUAUUUGCGCUCAUCUCAAUGCAUUUCACGCAUACGCGGAUGAUCCAUCGCGAUUCGUGGAGACAAACCACUAUUGCGCCCACCUGAACGAGGACGUGCGCCAAUGUCUCCUCUAUGACUCGGACCAGCCCAACGCCCGUCUCAUAGGAAUUGAGUACAUGAUCACGCCCAAGCUCUAUGAAACACUCGACAAAGAAGAGCGCAAACUAUGGCACUCGCAUGUCUACGAGGUCAAGUCGGGAAUGCUCAUCAUGCCCAACCGCGCCGUACCUGAGAGCGCAUGGCAAGUAGCCGAGAAUUAUGAGAUGGAGCAAGUCGUUUAUCUGUAUGGAAAGGUGUACCACUUGUGGCAAACGGAUCGGGGGCAUACGCUGCCGCUGGGUGAGCCGAAGCUCAUGACGAGUUUCACGGCGGAUGGGCAGUUUGACUUUGAGAAGCAUGUCGGGGAGCGGGAUAAGAGGUUCGGAACGGAUUAUAAGGUUAAGAAGGAGGCGAGAAAGGAUAUUCCUGUACCGGAGAUUCAUGAGGAUGCGGACCAAGCCUGGAAGAAGAACGAUUGA